GAGAAAGUGGUGCCGCUGCUGCGGGCCGCUUGCGCCAUGGCUCCGCAGCCGUACCCGGACGUGUUCGGCGAGAGCCGCUACUACAUCACCAGCGAGCACAUGAAGGCUUUCCGGGCGCGGCUGUUCAGCGAGUCGCGCAGCAGGGAAGCGGCCGCCUACCACCCGAGCGACCGGCGGCGCAUCAUGGACAGCGACGAGUACUGCUGGCGCUUCAUCGUCCACAACCGCCUCGACCUGGAGCGCGCCGUGCGAAUGGCCGACGCGGCGCUCAAGUGGCGCGCCCAGGCCCGGCUGCACGAGCUGACCGAGUCCAGCCUGCCGAGGGCGUGCCUGCAGGCCGGCUUCGCGCACCCCUUCAACGUGGACCGCUACGGGAACCACGUGCUUCUGCUGCGACCCGCCAACAUACGCAACCUUCCGAUGACCGACGUCCGUCGCGUGCUCGUGUUCUUCGUGGAGACCCUGCUGCGGCGGCAGAACGCCUCCCGCAUCACGCUGCUCGUGGACUGUGUUGGCGGCGACCGGCACCAGCUGGACCUGGGCCGGUACCUGAUGGCCUUGUUCCGCUGCUAUUACCCUCGGUCGCUGGGCUUCGUCCUGCUGUGGCAGCCCCCACGUUUGCUCCAGGGCAUCUGGAAGCUCUGCAAGGGCCUGAUGCCCGUCGAAGCCCUGGAGAGAAUACGCUUCGUCACGAUCAGGGACAUUGGCCGCUACGUGGACCGCGACAAGCUGCCAGUGCGCAUGGGAGGCACCGACAACUACCACUACGUGUACGCGCCCGGCAAGCCUCUGGGAGACCGGUGUCCCCGGCUCGCCCCUCUGGACCCGGUCAGCUGCCCGACGGCGAGCCUCCACGUCUACGGCAUGUUCACGGCCUGACGAGUUGGCGAGAAUGUGUGGCGCUCUGAUCAGUUCUCGGUGGAAAAGUGCCGCGCAAGUGUCGUCGCGUUUAGAUCAAGUCUAACACACGGGAUCUUGGUUUUGGAGCAGUGUUUUUUUUUUUCUGCUUCUUCAACGUGCCCCGAAGGAAGUGUGGCUAGGGACAGGCACAGGUGCCGUCUUUGGCUGCAUAAGUGGAGGAGAAAGUUGUCUAAACCACUUUGUUGGGCCCAUUCAGUACUCGGCCGAAAGCUUCGCGCCCCUGCAUCUCGAUUCAAAGUGACUAAACAGAGGAAUACUGUUGAUACCCAUAUUAUUUGUUAAUGGCUUGCAGAGAUUUUUAUCAGUUCUCUCGAAGGUGCUGCACAAGGAACAAAGCCUUGAUGACGAAGGAAGAAGAUGCCGUCACGUGCGCUUAAAUUUUUUACUUAGAAAUUCUACAACCUUCAGGACCACAAAGUUUAAAAUAUGAAAAGUGAAGAAUGAAAA